AUGGACGCCCAUCACCGCAAAAUCGAUCUCCAGUCGCCUUCAGAUCUCACUUACCUCUUCAAUAACAUCAAGGCUGCUGCUCGACAGAAAAUGGAUCUUGCGAUACCUCCGUCAGCUGCGCCCGAAGGUGAAGACGCGUACAGAUCUAAAGUAGAGGAGCUCGUACAAGAAUAUAUAGUUCAGACGCUCACUCGUGCCCUUCCAUCCCUGACACUCAAUGGUCUUGACCCCUCACCUACCCUUCUACGCCCCAAUGCUGCCCCUGAAGCCAACACACCAGAUGACAACAGCAACUACGAACCCUACGACCCUCGCCUCGCCGAGAGAUUGCGUACCCUAUAUGCGGAAUUUGACACUCAAUCGACACGUAUUGCGGAACUGAGAAGGGAUGCGCCUGGGGCAGCAGCGAGAGGAUACGUCGAACGAUUGGAAGCCGAGCUCAAGAGGGAGAAAGAAAUGGAGAAGGAGAGAGAAUGGCAGGGUUUACACAUGGAGGCGGAAAAUCUCGAUUUGGGAAUAGUGAAGCGAAAAGACGACAUGGAGAGGAUGUGGGGAAGAGGGACAGAGCGACUGGUGGAGCUAGGAAAGAUUCCAGGCGUAUUGGCCAAGCUAGAACGAGCGGAGAAGGCAGUAGAGGUCGUGAAGGAAGGAUCUUGCAAUGUUUAA